UGUUCUUGUUUUAGACCCAAAUAUGAAAAACAGAGAAAAAUGAAUCAGUAAUAAAUGUUUUAAACAACAAUAUUUAUUAGUUAUUUUGUUAAAAACAUAAAAUUUAUUCCUCAGAAUUUACAGACAAGAACGCUUCUCUUCAAACUGUUGAAUACAGAUCAGAGRGUUUCUUUGAGGAUCCUAAAAUUAUUUGUGAUUAAUAUUUAUUGAUCACUGUAAUAAUUAUCAGCUGGUCUGAACACCUGGUGAUGUUUCGUGUGCUUUUAUUGUGAAAAUCUAAGCUUGUUAUUAACAGCWGUUUCAUUUGCCAUCAUGCUUGACCUUGUGCUGAAUAAUUUAUUGUCUAAUUGUGUGUUUAUGACAGAAGAUGCAGCUGAGGGUGUGACAGGAAGUGACCAGAAUUGACAGGAAGUGACAGGGGGUGACAGGAAGUGACCAGAAUUGACAGGAAGUGACAGGGGGUGACAGGAAGUGAGCGCAAACCAUCAUGUCUCUGCCGUCUUCUUCUUCUUCUUCUUCUUCUUCUUCUUCUUCUUCUUCUUCUUCUUCUUCUUCUGUGGUAUGGAGGAUGCUCCUCCUCCUCCUCCUGGUGCUUCCAUCACCCAGCCUGGUCAUGACAUCAUCACCUCGUGCGAUGAUGUGGCGCCGUGGCAACAGAGCUGCCUCCAUCAGCGCCUGCCAGCAGACGGCGGCGGCGUACGGAGGACUGACGGUUCGCUGCAGCGGACUCAGACUGACCCAGGUACCUGUCGGCCUGUCCAAUCACACCACUCGACUGUUUCUGAACAAGAACCUGCUCAGUUACCUGCCGGCCUACUCCUUCUCUGACCUGCUCCUGCUGGAUGAGCUGGACCUGUCCCACAACCAGCUGUCUUUACUUGAAGCGGGUUGUUUCUUCGGGUUGGCGCCGUCUCUUCGGUUCCUGGACCUGUCGUUCAACCGGCUCACCACCCUGGACCCCGAUGUGCUCGGUGGUCUUCAGGUCCAGGCCAACCUGACCCAGAACCCCUGGCACUGUGACUGCAGGAUGCAGAUGUCCAUCCCUCAGCUGGACRUGGACGAGUCCUCUCUGGACAAAGUCAUCUGUCUGACCUCUGACCUCCCAAACCUCGGUACGUUUCCUCCACCUGUCGUCUUCAUGUCAGAUGUUUCCUGUUUGACCCCCCC